AUGAGAGCAUCCAAGACAACAUUAAAUGAAACAGAAGUAGCUACUAAAUCUACUGAUGGACCAAUUGUUUCAACUAGCCUCCAUACAACAACUAUAGGCACUACGGUUGUUAAUUUGUCUACUUUACUAACAAUCCCAAAAUACUCGCUACCGCCACACAAACGUCAAGGUGCAAUAUUCGAUAUCGAGCGUCAGUCCAAAUACACAGGUGAAGUGAACGCCAGAAAUGAGCCCGACGGAAAGGGCGAAUACACGUGGUCUGGAGCUAAAUUCGAAGGAGAAUUUAGAAAUGGUAAGUUUAAUGGCCGUGGAAAGUUAGUAUAUCGCGGCGGAGAUGUUUAUGUCGGGCAGUGGAAAGACGAUAAACGGCAUGGUGUGGGAAAAAUGAAUUGGACUGAUGGCAGAUUGUAUGAAGGUGGCUGGAUCAACAACGCCGAGGAAGGAUAUGGAGUGAAAAAAUGGAAACGCGGUUCACGGUACGAAGGUGCUUGGGUCAAUGGCAAGCGAAUUGGUGAGGGAGUGUAUACUGAUGCAGACGGUGAUCGAUAUGAAGGUACUUGGGUCGGCGAUAAAAAGGAAGGAAACGGUAUUUUUACGUCGCCCGGAAAAGGUCGAUACGAAGGUGAAUUUAAAAAUGGAACUUUUCAUGGUCGUGGAACACGUCAAAAUGUCGAAGGAGAUAUGUACGAAGGGCAGUGGAAAUACGGUCAGCGAGAUGGUGUAGGUACCCGCACCUGGUCAAAUGGUGAUAGGUAA